AAUUCUACCAAAAUACCUUUCUUGGUCUUCUAAAGCCAAACUUAUUUGUUCCUUUCCUUCCUUUCCGUUAGAAGACAAAGUAACCAAAAAACGAACCAGGCAAAGAAAACCAAAGCAACAACCUUUUCUUCACAACUCUUCCCUUUUUCCCUCUUUCUGUACAUGGAAGAAAGUUAGUACUUUCUGACACCCCAAUUUUCUGGAACUGCAAAACCAAAAACCUCUGAGUCAAAACUUAAAAGAAGAAUUAUCUCCAAUGUCUCCUCAUCCUCCUCCAACGCUCAUGCGUCUCUCGUCAUCACCAGUCACUGUCCCAUGCCUUGUGCCAAUCUCACUCCUCAAGUCUUCGUCUGCUACUUCCUCCGAUCAUGUCCACCGCCGAUUUUCCUCUCUUGGGGUCGCAGCUUUUUCUUCAUCUUCUUCUUUCUCUUUUCUGCUCUCCCAAACGCAAACCCAUUUGCCUUUUCCGUUUCUGGAGACCAGACGAAGCAAGUGGACGAGGACCAGGACGAGGAAGCUCCGUGUCUCUGCAGUGUUUGAGCGUUUUACUGAACGAGCAAUUAAGGCUGUUAUAUUCUCCCAGAGGGAAGCCAAAGCCUUAGGCUGCGACAUGGUCUUUACUCAGCAUCUUUUGCUGGGUUUGAUCGCCGAGGACGGUGGAAAUGGCUUUCUUGGAUCAGGCAUCACCAUGGACCAGGCCCGUCACGCCGUUCGCACUAUCUGGCGUCACCAAAUUCCUUCGCAAUCUGAUCCCAGUUUCAGUUCUUCUGUUCAAAUCCCCUUUUCCAUUAGCACCAAACGCGUUCUUGAGGCUGCCGUUGACUAUUCCAGGGCGAGGGGUCACAAUUUCAUUGCCCCUGAGCACAUCGCCAUCGGCCUGUUUACUUCCGAUGAUGGCAGCGCUGCUCGGGUCCUCCAGAGAUUAGGGGCAAAAGUGGACAAGUUGGCUGCUGUGGCAGCCUCCAAACUUCAAGGGGAGCUUGCCAAAGAUGGUAGAGAAUUGCCUGGAGCAUCCCAAGGUUUGGGUGAAAAAUCUUUGUCCGACAAAGCUACUACGACAAGAUUAUCUGGGAGAACAAAAGAGAAAAGUGCUCUGGACCAAUUUUGUUUGGACUUGACUGCUCGUGCUAGUGAGGGACUUCUUGAUCCUGUCAUUGGUCGAGAUGUCGAAGUUCAGAGAGUUGUUCAGAUACUUUGUCGCAGAACCAAGAAUAACCCUAUUCUUCUUGGUCAAAGUGGGGUAGGAAAAACAGCCAUUGUGGAAGGACUGGCAACUAGAAUUGCAGAUGAAGAUGUUCCUGGUUAUCUCUUGUCAAAACGCGUAAUGUCCUUGGAUGUAGCGCUAUUAAUGGCUGGGGCAAAAGAGAGGGGAGAAUUAGAGAAAAGAGUUACUACACUGAUAAGUGAAAUACAAAAAGCUGGGGAUGUAAUUCUUUUCGUUGAUGAAGUCCACAUACUUGUCGAAUACAGCACGGCUGGACAAGGAAAUAAGGGGUCUGGUCUUGAUAUUGCUAAUCUCUUCAAACCACCACUUGGGAGGGGUGAAUUACAGUGCAUUGCGUCGACAACUGCUGAUGAAUACAGGCUACAUUUUGAAAAGGAUAAAGCACUAGCACGAAGGUUUCAGCCAGUGUGGAUCAAUGAACCAAGCAAGGAUGAUGCAGUGAAGAUACUGUUAGGUCUAUGUAAGAAAUAUGAAGCCCAUCACAACUGCAGAUAUACUCUGGAAGCCAUAAAUGCUGCUGUGAGUUUAUCAGCAAGAUAUAUUUCCGAAAGAUACCUUCCCGAUAAAGCUAUUGAUCUCAUUGAUGAGGCAGGAAGUAAAGCUCGUAUUGAAGCUUUCAAGAAGAAAAGAGAACAUCAAACUAGUGUACUUUCGAAAUCUCCUGAUGAGUAUUGGCAAGAGAUUAGAACUACGCAGGCCAUGCAUGAAGUGGUCCUUGCAAGCAAGUCAAGAAAUGUUACCACUCCUGGCAUGGAUGAUAUCGAUUCAGACUCUGUUUUGCCGACUUCAUCAAAUGAUGAACCUCCAGUGGUGGGACCAAAUGAUAUUGCAAAAGUUGCUUCCCUAUGGUCAGGAAUCCCUGUUGAGCAGCUCACAGCAGAUGAUAGAAUGCUUCUUAUUGGUCUUGAAGAACAGCUGAGGAAACGGGUUGUGGGUCAAGACGAGGCUGUCACUGCUAUUUGUCGAGCUGUGAAGAGAUCUCGGGUUGGUCUGAAGGAUCCUAAUAGACCCACCGCAGCUCUGCUCUUUUGUGGACCUACUGGAGUUGGUAAAACUGAACUAACAAAAGCAUUGGCUGCAAGCUACUUCGGAUCGGAGGAAGCCAUGCUCCGCCUUGACAUGAGUGAAUACAUGGAGCGACAUACUGUGAGCAAAUUAAUUGGAUCACCCCCUGGUUAUGUUGGCUAUGGAGAGGGGGGAACUUUAACAGAAGCUAUUCGAAGGCGUCCACAUACAGUUGUAUUAUUCGAUGAAAUUGAGAAGGCACAUCCAGAUAUAUUUAAUAUUCUUCUCCAACUGUUUGAAGAUGGUCACCUUACAGAUUCUCAGGGGAAAAGAGUAUCAUUUAAAGAGGCAUUGGUGGUGAUGACUUCCAAUAUUGGGUCGUCUGCCAUAGCAAAGGGUAGACAGAAUUCCAUCGGUUUCCUCCUCUCUGAUGAACCCAGUUCAUAUUCUGGAAUGAAAGCAAUUGUAAUGGAAGAACUGAAAGCAUAUUUUCGUCCAGAAUUGCUCAACCGUAUUGAUGAAGUAGUAGUUUUUCGUCCCCUUGAAAAGCCUCAGAUGCUUGAGAUUUUUAACAUCAUGCUGCAAGAGGUGAAGGGGAGGCUGGUGUCGUUAGGAAUUGGUUUGGAAGUGUCAGAGUCGAUCAAGGACCUCAUAUGCCAGCAAGGUUACAGCAAGACUUAUGGUGCCCGAGCUUUAAGGCGGGAGAUCACAUCGAUAAUCGAAGACCUCUUGAGUGAAGCCCUACUUGCUGGAGAUUACAAGCCUGGUGACACUGCCAUUAUUGAUUUGGAUGACACUGGGAAUCCACAUGUGACAAAUCAAUCAAACCCGAGAAUGCACUUGUCUGAUACAACUCCCAUUUUGUAGUUAGUUUCUGUUCCAAGAUGGUCUUACUCUUUUUUCUUACUUACAGGACAGGUAACAGGCAUGUGUAUUCUCCUUUUCUUCCUCCCCACCCCUUUUUUAUAGCAGAUCGAGGUGGGUCUUUAUAUAUUAAGAAAAAAUGUAAUUAUGUACAGCCUCAUUCUUUGAAGCAUAUUGGUAUAUAGAUAAGAUUCACUGAAUAAAAAUUGAUACUCAAUUUUCUAUAUUC